UUAGUGUGUACACUCCAGGUUCUGGGGGAGAAUCAGACUCUGAUCAAGAGACCUUAGGGUCUAUGUUAGAAUCUUGUGGACCCCAACAUGACAUGGAAAUAAAUGAAAACUCGGCUGUUAUAGUAAGCCUACAUUCUGAGGAAGAGUCUAUGCCAGAAUCUUGUGGACCCCAACAUGACAUGGAAAUAAAUGAAAACCAGGCUGUUAUAACAAGCCUACAUUCUGAGGAAGAGUCUAUGCCAGAAUCUUGUGGACCCCAACAUGACAGGGAAAUAAAUGAAAACCAGGCUGUUAUAACAAGCCUACAUUCUGAGGAAGAGUCUGUGCCAGAAUCUUGUGGACCCCAACAUGACAUGGAAAUAAAUGAAAACCAGGAUGUUAUAACAAGCCUACAUUCUGAGGAAGGUUCUGUGGCAUAUGCAAGAGUAGAAACUGUUGAUUUUGUGGAAAACUCCAAUCUUAGCACCCUGUCUGAAGAAGUACCAUACCAGAGUUUCUCCUUUCUCAGUUCCUGUGAGGAGGAUCAUCAAAGUAAUACUAGAUUGAAUACUGAAGAGAAAGAUUGCAAUGGAGAAACCAAACAAAAAAGCAAACAAAAGAAACCAAAUAGGUUUUGCACAUAUUGCAAGACAAUUAUUACUGGUGGAAAAUUAAAGAGGCAUAUUCUGCGAAAACACAGAACUGAAACGGAGGUACAGUCAAUCAUUUCAAAACCACAACAUAUCCAAAACAACUUUUUUGAUAAAAAAAGACGUGAAGGAAUAUAUGAAUACAAUGUUCAAUUGAUUGGAGAUGGAUUUGAUGCAGAAAUGCGUGAACGAAAACCAGUGCAGCAAGACCAACUAAGAGUUUGCAGCGACUGCAAAGGAUUUUACUCUAACAAAUACUUCUUCAAACAUAAAUGUUCAAAUAACGAUUCUGCACCUCAAGCAUUAAAACCAAAGCUGCUUGCAAAAACGAUGGAUGACAAAAUGGAUAGAGAUCCUGGAUUUGUAGACAUCUUAAACAGAUUUAGACAAGGAGAAAUUGGUGAUUUUUGCAGGACUAAUAAGACUAUAAAAUUGAUUGGAUACAAACAUUUUAAUUUACGCCGACACGAGGAGGGAAAGCAGGAUGAGGUUAGAAAAAUCAUAAUGGCAGAGAUGCGAGAGCUUUCGAAACUGUUUUUUUGUUUCAAAAAUUUAAGUUCUGAGCAUUGCACUGUAGAAGAUCUGUUUAGAAGGGAACAUUUGCCUGAUCUUAUAGAGGCGUUACAGCAAGUAACAACUGAUAAACAAGAAAAGCAUGGGCAGAAGCUUUUUUUGGAUGCAGUACUUCUCCGAUCUGUAAAAACUCUAGAAGGUUAUUUUGCUCAAACUAUGCAAGAUGAGAAAAAGAAAGAACUGAAAAACUUCAAAUCAGCAUACAAAAGCUUAUCUCAUGAACUGUUUCCGAGUGCAAGGCAAAAGUGUAUCAAAAACUCGUUGGAGAAAAACAGAAAACCAGCAAAUCUACCAAAUGAACAGAAGGUUAUUCAAAUAAAAGAAUACAUUGCAGCAGAAAUUCCUAUCAUAUUAAAGGAUUACACUGUGAAAAACUUCGCUUGGCUAAGAAGUCUUGUGGUGGCACGCCUCACAUUAUUCAAUGCUCGCAGAGGUGAGGAAGCUUCCAGGUUGCUGAUUUCUGAAUGGGAGGAAGCAGAAAAAGGAGUAUGGCUGCCAGAUGAAGAGUUGGAAAAAAUUACAGAUCCUGCUGAACAAUAUCUGUUGGGACAAUUCAAGUUAGCAUACUUAAAGGGAAAAGGGAAAAAAUAUGUUCCCAUAUUAAUUCCAAAUGAUCUGCUUUCAGCAAUCCAGGUCAUCAAACGAGACAGAUUCUUAUUUGGCAUCCGUGAAGAAAAUCCUUUUUUGUUUGCCACAAAAAUAGGACUUUCUCAUUGUUCAGGUUGGCACGCUGUAGCAAAAGUUUGUGCAGAAACUGGCAUACACAUCAUUACUGCAACAAAAAUGCGACACAGACUGUCAUGUAUAUAUGCAAGUUUAGACAUGUCAGCUGAGAACCAGAAAAUAUUUCUGCAGCACAUGGGGCACGAGGAGCGUAUUAAUAAAGAGAACUACCAGUGUCCCUUAGGAGUUCGCACAGCUUGUGUUAUGGGGAGGAUGCUUAGAUCUGUAGACGAAGGGUCAGUUUCAAGUUUAAUGGAAGGUGCUUGUCCUAAGGCAGUGGAUGAACAUGAGGAACGUGUUGCAAUUUCACAAGGAUCAGUUUCAAGUUUGGUUGAAGGAGCUUGUCUAAAGGCAGUGGGUGAACAUGAGGAACAUGAUGCAAUUUCACAAGAUCAUCCCUUUGAGACAAAUGACACAGACACUACUACAUGUAGGAAAAAGAAAGAAAGAAGCAACUCAGUAAAAUGGUCCAAAGAAGAGACAAAAUUGAUAAGAGAUCAUUUCCAGGGAUACAUUUUCACCAGAAGUGACAAAAAUACUGGAAACCUACCUAGUAAAAAGGAAAUUGAGGAAUUUUUAGAGACAAAUUGCAUCAAAACACUGAAAGACCUGGACAAAAAAACACAAUCCUUUAAAAUGAAAACAAAAAUAUUUAACGAGAGAAAAAUGACCAGAGAAAGGGCCACUAGAAGGCUACAAGACUUAAAAUCCAGAGAUUGAUUGAUAGACCAGUGGAAGGCCUGAAACGGUCAUCAUUUAUGCAAUUAAGUGUUAAUAAUUUUUGAUAUUUUAUAGUUUGCAUGCAUUUAACAUGUUAAAAGUGUCAUGCCUUUUGUAUGAAAACAUACCUUAGUCUAACUUAGACAAUGUAAAUUACUGUUCAUUAUACACUCACUUUGAAGAAGAGGGAAAUAAACUGUUUUACCCUUGUGUGUCUGUCUAUGUGGUUUAUGUUUGUCCAUCUGUAACAAAUUUUUAUUGCAGUUUUCUCAUUAACUGCUGUUCACAGAUGCUUAAAAUUUUAGCACACUCUGUUUUGACAUGCCAUAUGGUGGGUUCAUUUUUGUACAAAUCUGAUGUCAACUUCCUGUUUAUCUAUGCAUCUGUCUGUAACUAAUUUUAGUUAAAGUUUUCUCAGCAACUACUCAUAGCAGUUAUUUGAAAUUGUUUUGGCAUGCCAUGUAGUUGGAUUUUUUUUGUAUGAAUCUGAUGUCAGUUUCCUUUUUAUCUGUGCAUCUGUCUGUCUGUCUGUCUAUACCAAAUUUCUGUGACAGUUUUCUGAGGAACUACUCAUUGCAGAUGCUUGAAAUUUUAGUGCAUUCUGUUUAGGCAACUGAACUUGUGUAUAUUUACUUGAAAGCAUAUUAUUCACAUCAAAGCGGGGUAUUACUAGUGAGCAUUGACUACAGUUUUCUUGUUUUCAUUGACUUUUAGAUACAUUUAUUCAACUAGACAAUUAUAUUAACAAUGCAUAUAAAUAAGUAUAUUGUUAUUUAGAAGAUUUAUUGAAACCAUCAGUAUUUUAUGAAUACGAUAUGAUGUAUUGUACUUUAAAAAGUAGGAAUUAGUAAUUGAGCUUUUCAUACAACACAAAAAUUGCUGAAAAAUGGG